AUGAGCGAUAAAAUAGCUUAUUUCGUCUCGUGCUACACGAGACUCUGUCAUUAUGGUUAAAAAUAAGGGAAAACUCGAUAAGAUGGAGGAGAAGCUUGAUAAACAACGGCAUGCCAAAUUACUCCAAUCUAUUGGCAAAUUGGAUGGAAAUACAAGCUUGGGUAAGAUAGAAAGAACUGAAGCAUCAGAUAAAUUGUCUGAUUUCAAUUUAAUGUCAACUGGAGAAAAAGUUGAUGUUUCCGAGUUAUUGCAAUCACUGAAUAAAGAUAGAAAAGAAAAGAGCAAGUUGAAGAAAAGAUUAGAAAAACUCGAAUCGAAAAAGGAUACAUUAAGUGCUCCUUUAGCAACAGCUACACAGCAAAGACUUGAGAGGAAACAAAUCUAUAAAGACACAGUAGAUGAAGUUUCAAAAUGGGACAGUACUGUGGAAAAAAAUCGUAUGGCCGAUCAAUUAAUAUUUCCUUUAAAUACGGAGAGGUUAGAUGUAAUUGACAAAAGUCAUAUAUCCAAGACGUUUUCCAAGAAAAAUUCCCUGGAAAUGGAAGUUGCUCAAAUGGUUCAUGGAAGUGAUUUUGCUGCAAAUAAAGAAAAAUCUCUAACAAAGGCUGAACAGCGUGCACUAGCGGCAAUGAGUUUAGAAGAGGCUAAAUUGAAAAGAUCGGAAGUACAAAAAAUGAGAGUAAAAUUGUCUUAUUUAGAAGAAAAGUUAAAGCGUCAGAAGCGUAUUAAAAGUAGAAAGUUUCAUCGACAUCAGAGAAUAGAGAAGUCUAAACAAGAAGAGAAACUAUUGGAACACUUAAGUGAAAAUGAUCCUGAAAAAUUUAAUGAAUAUGUAAAAAAACAUUUAAAAGAUAGAGUCGAAGAGCGAAUGAGCCUAAAGCACAAAGCCAAAAAUAGCAGAUUUGCGAAAAAAAUGAAAAAAUAUGCUAAAUUUGACACCAUUGCUAAAGCAAAUUUAAAUAUAAUGAGAGAAAAGAGUCAGGCUCUACUUGCUAAACGAAAAGAGUUUGAAGUCAGCAGCGACGAGGAUGAAACUAUCGAUCAGAAUAAACCUAUGGAUGAAUCUGGAGAUCAACCUGAAGAAAAGAAAAAUGGUCAGAAAUUGAUUCUAGCUAACAAUCAUUGGUUGGAUUUAUUGACUGGUAAGACACAAGACUCAACUAGUAGUCAACCAGUAGCUUUCGAAGAGGCAGAAUUUGAGGUAAAGCCCCUUGAAAAAUCUAAGAAGGAAAAAAAUUCUAAGAAAAAUAAAAAUUCAACUGGUAAAAAAGCAAAAUCGAAAAAACGAAAAAGUGAAGAGACUGCAGUGACAUCCGAAAUUAGACAAACUGAAGAAAAGGAACUAUUUAAUUUAAAAGCAAAUCAGUCAGAUCCAAUACCUUUAGUAAGAAAGAAAUGUAUAGAUGAGUAUGAUGAGGGCGAUCUAGAUAAAUCUUUGGUUAGAAAGAAACUGAAGAAAUCAAAUGAAAUCGAUACUACUAAAUUCAUGAGGAUUGAUCAAACAUUGAAGUUGGUCGAAAAGCCGAAAAUGGUUGAUGAUCAAGCUGACGAUGGCAUAUUAACAGAUAGUGAUGAUGAGAAUAAGGUCACUAUUGCUGAGGCUUUCGCCGACGAUGAUCUUGUAGCAGACUUUGAGGAGGAAAAAAAGCAAACAGAAAAUCAGGAAAAAGCAAAGGAUGUUGAUUUAUUUCUUCCUGGUUGGGGUUCAUGGGGAGGUUCAGGUGUUCCAGAUGCUCCAGCCAAAAAGAAAAAAAAAUUUAUUAUUAAGGCGCCUGAUAUUGAAAGAAGAGAUGCAAAAUUAAAAGAUGUUAUCAUUGCUGAAAGCAAAGAUGACGUAGUGUCUAAACAUCAGGUUCAUAGUCUACCCUUCCCUUUCACGAAAGUGAAAGACUUUGAAAAGAGCAUUAGAGCUCCUAUAGGAAAAAAUUGGAAUACGCAAUCCUCUUAUAAAACUCUUAUUAAACCGAAUAUUGUCUCGAAGAUGGGACAUAAAAUUGACCCUUUGAGCAAAUCGAGCAGAGAGGAUAUUAAUCGAAGUUAA